GCCCACUGAAGACGCCGCGUCAGCUGAUUUGGGAGUCGCGAUUCGUGCCAGCCGGUCCAGGUUCUCUGGUCCCGCCGCUCCCGCAGCAGCCAUGUCGUUCUUCCCGGAGCUUUACUUUAACGUGGACAAUGGCUACUUGGAGGGACUGGUGCGCGGCCUGAAGGCCGGGGUGCUCAGCCAGGCCGACUACCUCAACCUGGUGCAGUGCGAGACGCUCGAGGACUUGAAACUGCAUCUGCAGAGCACUGAUUAUGGUAACUUCCUGGCCAACGAGGCAUCACCUCUGACGGUGUCAGUCAUCGAUGACCGGCUCAAGGAGAAGAUGGUGGUGGAGUUCCGCCACAUGAGGAACCACGCCUAUGAGCCACUCGCCAGCUUCCUAGACUUCAUUACGCAGGAGUCACAGGCUGGGACACCUGAAGGGCCAGGGAACAUGCCCAAGCUAGGAAGCAGGCCCUCUCCUGGCCACAGACCUCCUUCCCUGAGAGUCUCCUUGCUGCCCUGGCCUCCAUCAAAUUACAGUUACAUGAUCGACAACGUGAUCCUGCUCAUCACGGGCACGCUGCACCAGCGCUCCAUUGCUGAGCUUGUACCCAAGUGCCACCCACUAGGCAGCUUCGAGCAGAUGGAGGCCGUGAACAUUGCUCAGACACCUGCUGAGCUCUACAAUGCCAUUCUGGUGGACACGCCUCUCGCGGCUUUUUUCCAGGACUGCAUUUCAGAGCAGGACCUUGACGAGAUGAACAUUGAGAUCAUCCGCAACACCCUCUACAAGGCAUACCUGGAGUCCUUCUACAAGUUCUGCACCCUACUGGGCGGGACUACGGCCGAUGCCAUGUGCCCCAUCCUAGAGUUUGAAGCAGACCGCCGCGCCUUCAUCAUCACCAUCAAUUCUUUCGGCACAGAGCUGUCCAAAGAGGACCGUGCCAAGCUCUUUCCACACUGUGGGCGGCUCUACCCUGAGGGCCUGGCGCAGCUGGCUCGGGCUGAUGACUAUGAGCAGGUCAAGAACGUGGCCGAUUACUACCCGGAGUACAAGCUGCUCUUCGAGGGUGCAGGUAGCAACCCUGGAGACAAGACGCUGGAGGACCGAUUCUUUGAGCAUGAGGUAAAGCUGAACAAGUUGGCCUUCCUGAACCAGUUCCACUUUGGUGUCUUCUAUGCCUUUGUGAAGCUCAAGGAGCAGGAGUGUCGCAACAUCGUGUGGAUCGCUGAAUGUAUCGCCCAGCGCCACCGCGCCAAAAUCGACAACUACAUCCCUAUCUUCUAGCGUCCUGGCCCGAGGCUCUCAAUUGCACUCUUUGUGUGUGUGUGUGUGUGCGUGUGUGUGUGUGUGGUCUGUGACAAGCCUGUGGCUCACCUGCCUGCCCGGGGUGUAGUACACUGUCCUAGCGGCUGCCCAGUUCUCCUGACCCUCUUAGAGACUGUUCUUAGGCCUGAAAAGGGGCUGGGCACCCCCCACCAAGGAUGGACCAAGACCCCCUCCAGAGCAAGGAGGCCCCCUCAGCCCUGUGUUUACAGCCGCUGAUGUGUCUAAGAAGCAUGUGGUCACUUUCAUGUUCCUCCCUAACUCCCUAACCUGAGAACCCUGGGGGCUGGGGGCAGUUCGAGCCUCCUCUCCCUUCUGUGAGUCACUCCCAGAGCCGUGGCCCAUGGGAAGGAUAGAGUGUGUGUGUCCUUGGGGCCUGGGGGGAUGUUGCUUGUCAGCUCCCUCCCUCAGCCCUGCCCCUCUGAGACAAUAAAACUGCCCUCUCUAAGCCCAA